AUGGGAAAGUCAGUACUCAGAAUCCGUCCAGUUUGACCCUUGUCCAGAUGUUCACGUGGAACCCUUACUGACCCCUUUCGCCUUUCUCAAUUUCUAGAGGAAAACCAAGAGGACUCAACGCCGCCCGCAAGCUUCGCACCCACCGACGCGAUAAUCGCUGGGCUGAUCAAUCAUUCAAGAAGAGGCUCCUCGGAACCGCCUUUAAGUCCUCUCCCUUCGGUGGCUCUUCCCACGCUAAGGGAAUCGUCCUCGAGAAAGUUGGUGUCGAGGCCAAACAGCCAAACUCCGCUAUCCGAAAAUGUGUGAGGGUUCAGCUUAUCAAGAACAGCAAGAAAGUGACCGCCUUCGGUAUGUCUUGGCUUUUCUUUCCCUUGAUCCAGAGCCUCACACCUGAGUUACCCGAUUUUGAGUGGGUGUGGGGGUCAGGAGGGGGAUAGGUGAAUGGGGACCUAAUUGUAAGUAGCUAAUGUUUGCUCGUGGGAUAGUUCCCAACGAUGGUUGCCUGAACUUUGUGGACGAAAAUGAUGAGGUUCUCCUCGCUGGAUUCGGUCGCAAAGGCAAGGCCAAGGGAGAUAUUCCUGGCGUCCGAUUCAAGGUCGUCAAGGUCUCCGGUGUCGGUCUAUCUGCGUAAGAGAUCCGGUCCCCAAAAAAAGACCAAUAAUAAUAAUGAACUGACGGAAUUGUGCAGCUUGUGGAAAGAGAAGAAGGAGAAGCCUCGCAGUUGAACAGGUUUUCUUUGGGGUUCGGGUUUCUUUCUUUUCGUCUUUAGCAUUAUGGGUAGCAGAAAUUUGGGAAUGAUGAUAUUGGGGGGGGGGGCUUUGAUGCAUUUGGCGGACAGCCUACGACCCAACGCGGCCAUGGUGUAAAAAGUUCCGAUAUAACGUGAUGAUAAGUGACCAAAAUCCACCUCAGGUCAGAAACAAAAAAGGCUUUCUCGUUAUUGUCCCCUCCUUCUUUUCGUGAUUGGGUGCUUCAAAUUAGGUUACCGCGGGGUUGAUAGAAUGUAAAACUCUUGAUAUCAAAUCCUAUUGUGCAUCCAAUUAAUGUGAUACGAGAUGGAGCGAUGUCCUCUCGAGAAUGGUCACAGCCGAUUUCUGGUUGGUACAUUUAUAUCGAGAUCCGGCACACUCUGAGGACUCAUCCAAUUCACCUAUGCCAUAGAUAUAAA